GAGGGAGGGAGAGGCUAGGAGGACCUUGGCCAGCGGGCAGAAUGGCAGUUGGUAGAGGAAGGGAGCAAGGGGGUGUUUCCUGGGACAGGGGGGCGGAGACCUGGAGACUAUAGGCUCCCCCAGGACUCAAGUUCAUUGAGUUUCUGCAGACACUGAACGGCUUUCAGUCUUCCCGCUGUGACUAUCACCUGUGGGCUCCACCUGCCUGCACCUUUAGUCAGCACCUUUAGCCAGCACCUGCGCCAGACCCCAGCAAUGGCGAACCAUGCGCCCUUCGAAACGGAUAUCAGCACCCUGACCCGCUUCGUCAUGGAGCAGGGCAGGAAGGCUCAGGGCACGGGGGAGUUGACCCAGCUGCUGAAUUCGCUCUGCACCGCGAUCAAAGCCAUCUCGUCUGCGGUGCGCCAGGCGGGCAUCGCACAGCUGUGAGUUAGGCCUCUGGCUGCCGCAUCUUAUCCGUUAGAACGACUGGGGUCUGCUUCUCUGGACCCCUGCUGGGUCCUGAUGGGUCUGGUUGCCAGUGUCGCAUCUGACAGUUAAGAUUCUGCUCUGCUGCACACAGCCCUCGUUCCCUUCUCCUGGUGCACAAUUGCCGGAUCUCUUCUGGUCUCAACUCUCCUUUUCGCUCCUCCCAGAUUCCUGGUAUAACUAUGGUAUCGCUGGCUCAACCAAUGUGACUGGGGAUCAAGUAAAGAAGCUGGACAUACUUUCCAAUGACCUGGUGAUCAAUAUGCUGAAGUCGUCCUACGCUACCUGUGUUCUUGUGUCUGAAGAAAACACAAAUGCCAUCAUAAUCGAACCUGAGAAGAGGGGCAAAUAUGUUGUCUGUUUCGAUCCCCUUGAUGGCUCAUCCAACAUUGACUGCCUUGUGUCCAUCGGAACCAUUUUUGGCAUUUACAGAAAGAAAAGUACUGAUGAGCCUUCUGAGAAGGAUGCUCUGCAGCCCGGCCGGGACCUGGUGGCAGCCGGGUAUGCGCUCUAUGGCAGUGCCACCAUGUUGGUCCUUGCCAUGGAUUGUGGUGUCAACUGCUUCAUGCUGGACCCGUCCAUUGGAGAAUUCAUUAUGGUGGACAGGGACGUGAAGAUGAAGAAGAAAGGUAACAUCUACAGCCUUAAUGAGGGUUAUGCCAAGGACUUUGACCCUGCCAUCAAUGAGUAUCUCCAGAGGAAAAAGUUCCCUCCGGAUGGUUCAGCCCCCUAUGGUGCCCGGUAUGUGGGGUCCAUGGUGGCUGAUAUUCACCGCACUCUGGUAUAUGGAGGGAUCUUUUUAUACCCCGCCAACAAGAAAAGCCCAAGUGGAAAGCUGCGGCUGCUGUAUGAGUGCAACCCCAUAGCUUAUGUCAUGGAGAAGGCCGGUGGGCUCGCCACCACGGGGGACAAAGAUAUAUUAGACAUCGUUCCCACCGAGAUCCACCAGAAGGCACCAGUCGUCAUGGGGUCCUCUGAAGAUGUGCAGGAGUUCCUGGAGAUCUACAGGAAGCACAAAGCCAAGUGAAGGCCAGCCUUGCCCCUGCCCCAGAGCAGAGCUCAAGUGACGCUACUCCAUUCUGCAUGUUGUACAUUCCUAGAAACAAACCUAACAGCGUGGAUAGUUUCACAGCUUAAUGCUUUGCAAUGCCCAAGGUCACUUCAUCCUCAUGCUAUAAUGCCACUGUAUCAGGUAAUAUAUAUUUUGAGUAGGUGAAGGAGAAAUAAACACAUCUUUCCUUUAUAAAUUA